AUAAACUCCACUUUUGGUCUCCUUUUAUCCUCUUUUAGCUUUAGAGGAAUUUUUUACAUCACUUGUGAAGCAAGAAAUGGCAAAUAUGCCUCGUGGGAUAUAUCACUUGGCAUUAAAAGGAGGUGCUCGCUCAGACCAAGGAAAGACUGUAGCAGGAAUCCCCAAUUUUAUAUUGAAAAUGUAUGAAACGAACAAGCAACCAGGAUUGAAACCUGGCCUUGCAGGUGGUAUGUUGUUUUGCUAUGAUGUUUCAAUGUAUCAGAGUAAAGAUGGCAAACCCCUGAAUAGACUGAUGGCCAGUAGAGGGCGAAGUUUCAAGCAGAUAUCACUUGCGCUUGUGCAUGAGGUUCAUAUCCAGCUUUCAGAGUGGCACCGUGCAAUUUUUCUUCCUCAGGCCUGGCUUUUAUAUAUGAAUCGAGCUUACCAUGCCAUUUUACAGGGAAGAAUAGGAGAGUUGGAGUUGCAGUUAAAACAUGGAAAAGAAGGACCUGAGGAGAUACAAUACAAAAAAAGCACAGCCUGGCUCUGGGUCAGAGACAUGUUAACUGAUGAGAUCACCAAGACAGCUGCAAAGGAGAGUCCAGUGGUGAAAGGCAACGCACUGUUAGCCCUAAGCAGCCUUGCUGUUAUCGUAUCCAGACAUGAAACCAGCCUCUCUUCAGACUCUGAUGGGGCCCCGGAGGUUCAACCUAACUUCAUUUCAAUGAAAGAGUGGGUUUUCAUGGUGCUUGAUACUCUCUUGGUCAUUGUGGAUAGCCAUUACCAACCCAGAGGACAACUUUUCUCCUGGUUUUAUUAUAAAUCCUAUUCUGGUGAAAACACAGCUAGUGCCAUUGCCCGUUCUGCUGCCGCCACGGCUUUGUCUCUCCUUGUGCCAGUUUUCAUUAUCUCUUGCAAAGAGAAGGUUGAGGAAAUCCUAAACAUGCUGACUGCCAGGUUACCUGGGAAACCAAGUGCUGAUGAGUCUCAAGCCGUGCAAAUCCACAUGGGCCUUGCUUUGGGGAUGUUUCUCUCUCGUUUGUGUGAGGAGAAACUCAGUGAUAUAUCUGGGCAACAGAUGAACCUUCUUCUGAUGAAGUCUUUGGAUGCCCUGGAAAAUUGCUGCUUUGACAGUAGUCUUGAAUACAACACGGGCUGUAUAUUGGGAGUUGGACUUGUUCUGUCCCUCAUGAGCCACAGCAGCCAAAUGGAGUCCCGAGUUCAUGUGGCAGCAUCGCUUCGGAAGCUGUCUGCAUACCUGGAUGACAGUGGGAGCCAGAGCAGAACGUUUCAGGAGGUACUUGCCUACACCCUUAGCUGUGUAUGUACGUCAGCAUUCAGUGUUGGCAUUAUUGAGGCUGCAGAAGCAGAAGAUAUUAUGAACAAGCUUCAACUGUUAGUAGACAACAACCAGCAGACUUCAGGUUUUGCCCUGGCAUUAGGAAACAUAGUUCAUGGUUUAUCUAUGUGUGGACAUGGAAAAGCUGAAGACUUGGGCAGCAAACUUCUCCCUGCCUGGAUAAGAACUGUUCUAGCAGAGGGCUCUCCCACAAUGCUUUGUCUGGCUGCUCUUCAUGGCAUGGUGGCCUUGGUAGGCUCUGAAGCAGCUGUAAUGCAGUUGAAGUCAGAAGCCCUCCAGAGCUCUCAUUUUCAAGGCAGACUUAAUGAAGUCAUUAGAACCUUAACUCAGGUCAUCAGUGCUUCUGGGGUGAUUGGUCUUCAGUCAAAUGCAAUCUGGCUUCUUGGACAUCUUCAUCUAUCAACUUUGUCCUCAAGUCAAAGUAGAACCUCCGUUCCUACUGACUAUAGCUAUUUGCCUGAAAGCAGUUUUAUUGGAGCAGCCAUUGGCUUCUUUAUUACAGGAGGAAAAAAAGGUCCUGAAUCUGUGCCUCCUUCCCUUCUUAAAGUAGUGAUGAAACCCAUAGCAACUGUUGGAGAAAGCUACCAGUAUCCUCCUGUGAACUGGGCUGCACUCCUCUCUCCACUUAUGAGGCUAAACUUUGGUGAAGAGAUCCAGCAACUAUGCCUUGAAAUUAUGGUGACCCAGGCCCAGUCAUCCCAGAAUGCAGCUGCACUGUUGGGCUUAUGGGUGACACCACCACUGAUUCACAAUCUGAGUCUGAAUAUUAAGAAAUAUCUCUUGAUAUCUGCACCUCUGUGGAUAAAACACAUCUCUGAUGAACAGAUCCUGAGUUUUACUGAAAACUUAAUGGUGGCUGUUUUUAAAACAGUUUCACCACUUGGCAGUCAUGAGUUAUGCCCAAGUGCCUUACAGGGUCUGAGCCAGGCCAUGAAACUGCCCAGCCCUGCCUACUACCUCUGGAGUCUGCUCUGUGAAGCUACUGGGAAAAUUUUUGACCUCCUGCCAAAUAAGAUUCGGAGAAAUGAUCUAGAGUUGUAUAUCAGUAUAGCAAAAUGCCUCUCGGAAAUGACAGAUGAUAACGCCAAUCGGGUUGCCCAGAUUACUAAGAGCAAUGUAGAAAAGACUGCCUUUGUCAAACUGUACUUAGUCUCUCAAGGACGAUUCCCCUUGAUGAACUUGACUGACAUGCUAAGUGUCGCUGUGCAGUACCAUGAGAAAGACGUGCUGGCCUGGAUGAUUCUACACAGCUUAUACCAGGCACGGAUUGUGAGCCAUGCCAACACAGGUGUACUGAAGAGAAUGGAGUGGCUCUUGGAACUGAUGGGCUAUAUCAGAAAUGUGGCUUACCAGUCAACAUCUGUUCAGAAUGUGGCUCUUGAUGAGGCUUUGGCCUUUUUGUUGCUGAUAUUUGCGACUGCAGUGGUUGCAUGGGCAGACCAUGAGGCCCCUCUCCUCCUCGGCCUCAGUGCCAGUUGGUUGCCAUGGCAUCGGGAGAACGACCCGGCUGGGUCAGGAUCCAGCUUCCUUGGCAGGAGUCCAAUGCACAGGGUCACUCUGCAGGAGACGCUCACUCUCCUUCCCAGUAGCAUGCUUCUUCUGCUGCAGAAAGAGCCUUGGAAGGAACAAACCCAGAAGUUCAUUGACUGGCUGUUCAGCAUCAUGGAAAGUCCUAAAGAAGCCCUCUCAGCAAAGUCCAGAGAUCUUUUAAAAGCCACCCUGCUGUCCCUGAGAGUUCUCUCAGAGUUUAAGAAGAAAGCCGUAUGGACCCGAGCAUAUGGUUGGUGAAAAAUUUUGCAGUAACCAGCAGCAUUCUGAAUUGGAUAAGUAAAACCGUAGAAAUGGAAGAAGUUUUUCAGAAUUUGUGUCUGGGACUGCUGAGAAAUGAUGCAGAGAAUUAAGGGUCAUGCGAAUUGGUCACAUCACUGAUACCUUGACACAUUAAUACCCGGACCAGUAGAGACUGAAUCAAGAACUUGAAUUUUCUUUAUUUAGCUGGAGUUCAGUGUGAAGACUUUCUUUGUGAAAACUUGACUGUAUCAUCUUCUCCCCACUAAAUUCUAAUAAAAUAAUCUUGUGGAUUU